CCACCCCCACCUCCCUUCAGUUAUUUUCUCUGGACACCACCCCCACCUCAAUUCAGUUAUUUUCUCUGGACACCACCCCCACUUCCCUUCAGUUAUUUUCUCUGGACACCACCCCCACCUCCCUUCAGUUAUUUUCUCUGGACACCACCCCCACCUCCCUUCAGUUAUUUUCUCUGGACACCACCCCCACCUCCCUUCAGUUAUUUUCUCUGGACACCCCCCCACCUCCCU